AUGGAGAGGGACGCGCAGCCUCGAUUCCGGUCCCGUCAGUUCAUGCCGGUGCCUAUCGGCAAUCCCGGGGACCUGCUGUACACAUGCAUUCUCAAGAACGCGUGGGGUGCGGAGGUGUCUCCGCUGCACGACGUGCCCCUAUUCUCCUCUUCCGCCAGUUUCCACUUCGUCUGCCUCUGUCCACGUGGCUCAACCUACGACAUGGCCAUUUCGUUGACCGAGCGUCUCAGCCCGUUAAAGUCCCGCCUCGUUAACAGAAACCUAUCGCGCCUGUCAGAGCCAUCUCCAUGGCACUUCGGCUUGCUGCCGCAGACGUUAGCGAACGAGGAAUUUCCAUCGGAAGUUGCCGGCUUGUCGAACGACAACCAGCCGCUCGAUGCGAUCGAAUUAGGGUUCGGCGUGCGACAGGUGGGCGACGUGUACGAGGUGCGGCCCAUCGGCGCGUUUGGGCUCGUCGACCCGCUCACCAGGGCGCUUUCGUGGAAGGUUCUGGUGGUGGCGUGGGACGACCCGCUGUUCGGGCGCGCGACGGGUCUGGACGACGUGGAGUCGCUGUUCCCGGGGGUCACGGAUCGCUUGCGCACAUGGCUCGCGCGCUACCGCACGAGGCCGGGACGAGCCCCCAAGGCGCAGGCGGUGUUUGCGCAGGGCGGGCGGCCGGCGUCCCCCGACACGGUGAUGCGCGUGGUGGCGGAGGCGAACGCGUGCUGGCAGCUCUUCAAGGCCACGCGCUGGCCCGACGCGCCCUCCCCCCCCGCUGCUGCCGCUGCGCCCACCUACGACCUCCAGCAGCCGCAGCAGCAGCAGUGGGAAGGGGAAGUGCGGGUGGGCGCAGGCGGAGUGGCGUCGAGUCGCAGGCGGCGCAGCAGCCGCGGUAGCAGCGUGAGCAGUGGCGCUGGGAGCGGGGGUGGGGACAGCGGAAGCGUGGUGGAGUGGGGCGGGGGAGCGCAGGUGCUGCGGAUAGAGGGGGCGGCGGAGGGCGAAAGAGAGGCGUACGCGGGAGCGGAGAGACGCGGGAUGGAGAGGGGCGCAGGACUGGACGGGUGGAGGGGCAGGGGGAGUGGCACGGCGCAAGCAGGGCCAGCUGCUGAUGCUGAUGCUUGUGCGCCUCACGGCGUUGACUCGCGCGACUUGCUUGACCGUCAGUUUGAACGGCUGAUGCAACCUGAUUUGCACCGCCCGUUUGAACAACGCCACCAUCCCUAUGAGGAAUACUCGUUUCACGAGCACUCGUUAGUGGAUCACUCGAUAGACAGCUCGCUGGAAGGAGGAGCCGUGCAGCGGCGGGCACCGGGAGGCGAAGUGGGUUGGGACAGCCCCGACAGAACCGCCGCCUGGGGCACGCAGGACGCCCGCGCGCACGCCGCGGAAGGGAGGGGGGUCUGGGAUGGGGUGAGCGGGGGGGAGGAUGUGCGGGGCGGAGUGGAGGGGGGAGGGGCGCGGGAUUGGCGGGGGGCGCACGGGGAGGAGCGGCUGGAGGAUGGGUUGGUGGGCGGCGCGAGAGAGCUUAGCUUCGCACGGGGCUUGGCGCGUGGCGACGGGGGCUGCGACGACGGGCGACGCGGGAGUGAGUGGCGCGGGGCGGAGCGAUUUCUGGGUGGCCAGGCGGAAGCGGAGCUGGAUGGGGGGACGUUUGAGAGUGGUUCAGGUGGGUUCGGGGUGCAGAUGGCGUGGGACGAGAGGGGCGCGGGGGAGGGGGGCGCGGGGAGUGUGUACCAUUCUGAUGGGUACGCGCGCGGUUAUACCACCUCCGACGCUGAUACUAGUGCGUGGGAGGGGCGCGAGGGGGACGACGGGGACGAGGAGGAGGAGGAAGAAGAGGAGGAGGAAGGUGAGGAGGGAGAGGAGGAAGAGGGGGAGGAUGGGAUGUCGGUGAUGGAGAGGAGUGUGGAUGGGGAGGAGGAUAGGGGAGAGAGUGGCGCGGAGGAGAGUGCGGAGGGAAGUGAGGGGAGGGAGGAGGAGAGUGAGGAGGAGAGUGAGGAGGGGAGGGAGGAGGGGAGGGAGGAAGGGAGGGAGGAGAGCAAUGGGGAUGAGGGCCCCGCGCACACCCCCCGCGCCCACCACCCCCUCGCCGCCAGCGCCGCCAGCAGCCCCACUGCCGCGCACCCUCCGCUCCCCUCCGCGCUGCACCCGCCCUUCAGCCACGCGCCCGCCCACGCGUCUGACCGCCGCCGCUCCUUCCCCCUCCACGCGCACCGCCACUCGCUCUCCCACAUGCACCACAUGCGCCUGCCGCCACACCAGCGCCAGCAGGCGCAGCAGAGGGCGCAGGCGGGGGUGGGCGCGGAGCGGCAGAUGCACAGGCAGGGCGCAUUAGAUGAUGGCGCCAUGGCUGGCGGGGAUGGGCGCAUGGAGCAGAACGGCCAAGCAGGGGCGGAGGGCGGUGUGGCGGGCGCAGGGGGCGCAGGGGGGGCUGGGGGCGGAAGGUUGUUCCGCAAGGCCAACUCCAGCUCCCCCCGCACGCUCAACCGCCCCUCCUCCGCCUCCAGCAGCCCGGGUAACGCGCCUGCGCGCCCCUCGGGGCAGGGGGGCGCGGCGCUGGAGCGCCCACUGGCGCCGCUGAGAAGAGACGCGGCGGCGCUCAUCCCAGGGCUGCUGAGGGCGCGCGGGGGGAACGCGCAGGGGCGCAUCAUGCGCUCCCAGUCGCUCUGCCAGGGCGCGUUUGGGGACGUGCUGGGCGGCCAGAGCAGCGGAUCGCCAGGGGACCCCUCUCAGUCUGCUGCGCCUGGUGGCGGUGGGGCGUUGGGUGGUGUGGCGGAUGGUGGCGCGAUGGCCCCAUACCUCCCCGCUGGCCCCCCAACGCCCACUCCCCCUCGCCCCCCUCCGCAGUGGCACGCUCCUCCUCAUCCCCCGCGCACGUGCCUGCCGCCUGUCCCCCCGCCAGCUCCCGCCCUCCCCCCUGCCUGCGCCUCCUCCCCGCCCCUGCGCCCCUCGCGCAGAAUGCAGCGCCGCCACACCCUUCCCCCGCGCGUGCUCGAUGCUACCCCUGGGGGAGGGGUGGCAGGGGGAGGAAAAGGGGGCGGGGCGGAGGGUGAGCAGCAGGGGGAGUCUGAGCGUGGGGGCGGCAGUUGGGGGGAUCGGACAGGGGGAGGAGAGGGCGAGGAGGAGGACGAGUUUGUGAGGGCGGCAGCAGCAGUGUCAGGGGUGGAGGUGCUGGUGUUGGGGAGGGCAGCGCGGGGCACAGGCAUGAGCGGUCCAGAUGCAGUGAAUGUGGACCGCCUGAGACCCGUGCAGCAGCAGCAGCAACAGCAGCCGCCGCCGCCACCACCACCACCACUGCCGCCACAGCAGCAGCAGCAGGCACCGGCACAACGACAGCCACAGGCACCGGCACAGCAAGCGCAGCAGCAGCAGGGGGCACGAGGGCAGGACGCGCGGAGGCAGCAGGGCAUGGCGGGCGGGAGGGAGGCAGGAGCUAGGCCCCCGCGCAUGGUGCGGCAUGGCAGGAGCGGCAGCCUGGCAGACGUGAGCAGCAUGGCGCUGGGCGGCAUGGGCGGCAUGGGCAUGGGCAUGGGGGUGGGCAUGGGGGUGGGGUUGGGGAUGGGGAUGGGGAUGGGGACGGGGGUGGGGAUGGGGAUGGGGAUGGGGGUGGGGAUGGGGGGAGCAGCAGAGAUCAGCAGCCGGGGCAUGGGUAUGAUGGGGACAGGAGGUAGAGGCGGAAUCGGGGUAAUUGGGGGAGGAAUGGGCAACAGCAGCGCAGCAGCAGGCGGUAUGAGGCAGAGCGUUCUGUUGAAUCCACAGGCGCAGCCACAACCAUCCUCCUCCCUGGCUCCUCGCAGCCUGGACCCCUUUCCUUCCGCGGUCGCAAGCAAUGCGGUGCAGAUGGGUGCCAGGGGUGGCGGCGUGGGUGCAGCAGGAGCAGGGGCAGCAGGGCGGGGCGUGGGCAGGGGAGGGAGGGGAAUGAGGGCGCGGAGCAUGUCAGAUGUGCUGUCUGUGCCUGCAGCAGCUGCUGCGCCCCGCCUGCCCUCCCCCACUUCUGCCGCUGCUGCUGCACCUCCUGCUGCGCCCGUCGCCCCUGCCUCUGCCGCCACGGCACCCCCCACAGGCGCCCCUCGCAUGCUGCAGCAGCGGUUGCUGCCACAGGGGCAGGGGCGGGGGCAAGAAGGGGGAGGUGGGCGAGGACGGGGGCGGGGGCGGGGGCAGGGGCCGGAUGGGGGAAGGGGGCGGGGGCGGGGGGGUGACCGACAGACAGGUGAUGGUAGGAGCGGGCAAGCAGCAGGUGUGGAAGGAGGAGGGGGAGGGGAAGGAAGAGGUGGAGGAGGGGGAGGAGCAUCAGGGGCAGCAGUAGCGGCGGCAGCAGCGGAAGGCGAGGAGGCGGGCAUGGUGUUUCAGCGCUCCAUCAGUCUGUCGGCGCGCCUCUUUGCCGACAAGGAUGCCAUGGCUGCCCCCCUCGCAGGCCCUGUGGGAACUGGCACGGGAGCAGGUGUGGGAGGGGCGGAGGGGCGGGGAGGCGCCGGGCGGGAGGGUGAGGCUGGGGGGGCGCCCAGAGCGCUGGCAGAGGGUGUGCGAUCAGAAGGAAGAGGGCCAGGGCGGUUGGGUGCGGUGCCAGGCGGUGGUGGCAGGGGGCGGGGCCGCGCGGGUGGGAGGCGGCACAUGCGGUUUGCGAGUGUGGACCUGAGCCGUGCUGCUGACGGCCUGGGCUUUCAGGUGGGCAGCCUGGUGGGGGAUGAUUCAACGGUGCACUCGCCUCACCUGCCAUUCCUGCAGCCACGGCCGCCGCCACAGCAGCCACAGCAGCCACAGCUGCAGCAGCAGGCGCAGCGGCGGCAGUCCCCUCUCCAUCGCGAGAGGACCCCCUCCCCCUCACCCCCCUCAUCAUCCUCAGCAUCGCCAUCUGCACCAGCGGCAUCGGCACCGGCAUCAGCAGCAGCAUCGGCGUCCACAACAUCUUCGGCAGCAGCACUGGCGGCAAGGCAGAGGCAGCGCAUGGUGUGCACUGUGGCGGGCAUCCCCGCCUCUGACUCCCUCCCCUCGCCCACCUCCCACCCGCCCUCCGCCGCUCCCCGUCCUGCCCCUGCCUCCGCAUCCCACCGCCCCCUCCCUGCCACGCCCCACCCCUCUCAAACUGCCGCCUCUCCCAUGCGCCCUCGGCCCCCCUCGGGCUCGCCCCCCUCUGCGCGCCCUGCGCUCUCUCAUGUGCGCCAUCCCUCCUACAUCUGGCCCCAUGUGCACUCCGCGCCUCCCGCUCCAGCAGGGAGCACGGCAGAUGCUGCUGCUGCUGCUGCUGGCCGCCGUGCUGCUGCUGGUGCUGCUGCUUCAGCUGCAGCUUCCGAUGUAUCGGCUGCUGCCACUCCUCAUGCUCCGUCUACUGCACCACCUGCCACUGUUGCUCGCACUGGUGGCGGUGCUGCCCGUGCGGAUGGUGCUGAUAGUACUGGUGGUGCAGGGAAUGCUGGCAGGGGCUCCGGUGUGGGUGACACAGCUGAGGCAGAGGGGGGAGUGUCGUCCCCACCCAGCAGCAGCGGGGGCGAGUGGGAGCACUCACCAGACCACCUGUUCAUGCGCCACCAGACCACCCCCUGCCGCCUGCAGGGCGCUCACGAGCACGCCCACGCCCAUACGCACGGCCUGGCACUGUCCCCCGCGGCUGCCCCUGGCAGCGCCGCCUCGCUGGUGUCAGAUGGGCCGGGGUCGGAGGCGGGUAGCUCGUGGGGCGAUGGCGAGCCGUGGGAGGCGCACCUGGCGCUGCAUGGCGGUGCGGGGCAGGCAGGCGGGGGAGACGGGCAUGCAGACGGGCAGUGGCACGGCGGGCAGCAGCAGCAUGAGAGGCAGCUGUCCCCGCUGAAGCCGCGAGACGCAUCUCCACAGGCGAGCCUGCAGCAGGCCCUGCCUCCCCACCAGCAGGCAGCGUCGGCUCUGCACACACCUCCCCGACGCACCCCCCUGCAGCAACAGCAGCAGCAGGGACAGCAGGGGCAGGCGCAGGGGCGCACUGCCGCUCCAUCGCUCACCGCACCCUCUGCCAUCCCGCACACUCUCUCACCUGCCCGCUCGCCUGCUCAUGCCACCUCCCAUGCUCCUCACCUCACUCCCCUGCAGCGGCAGCAGCAGCAGCAGCUGCAGAAACUCCACCAGGCACAGACCGCCCCGGCAGCACAGGGGGGGUUCCGUAGCAUGAGUGUGGGCGCCGCACACCACACCUCACAAUAUACCUCCAAACUCUCUCAACCCGCCCUCCCCCCAGCCUCCCCCCAGCGCCCUAUUCCUGGCUUCUCCCCUCUGAUUGCCGCCCGCAAUUCCAUGUCUGCGCCAGCCGGGCAGAUGAAACACCGCAAGUCGGGCAGCUUCGACAAAGGCUCAGGGAAGCGGCGGGUUCCGGGCAGCUUGGGGAAGCUGAGGAUGAACAAGGAGAGGGGGUGGUGGGGUGGCGGCCCAGGGGUGGGGAGCGGUGCUGCGGCUCAUGGCAGUGGUGCUGCUGGUGGUACUGGUACAACUGCUGCUGCUGCUGCUGCUGCUGCUGCUGCUGCUGCUGCUGCUGCUGCUGCUGCUGGUACUGCUGGUGGUGCCGGUGGUGGUGGAGGUGGUGGGAGGAGACACGGGGGAGCAGCAGGGAGUGGGGGCAAGGCAUCAGUGGCAUCAGCGCUGAUCAGCCCACGCAUCGUGGGCAAGUCCAUCUUCUCGCGCUCUGCCACCACCGCUGCCCCCUCCUCCUCCUCCACCUCCCACUCCACCGACCCUGACGCUGAUUCCCACGGGACCUCCAAGGGCAACUGGCGGCGCCUCGUGGGCAAGCGGGCAGGCAGCCCGCAGCACGGGAGGUCGCGCGGGCACGGGGGCAGUGGUAGCAGCAGCAGCGGGCAUGGAGGGGUGGUCUCACGUGCCACGCGUGCGGUGACGGUGUUUAAAGCCGGGCACAAGGGGGGCGUGGGGCACAAGCUGGGGUUUAAGGGCAUGGGUGCGGUGAGCCUGCCGCUCAUGGGGGGAGGAGGGGGGAGCCACGGGGCGAUGCAUGACGGCAUGAGUCUGCUGACUGCAGGCGAAGAGGCUGUAGCCCUGGCGUUAGCAGCGGCGGCGGCGGCGGCAGCGGCAGCGGCAGCAGCGGCGGCGGAGGUGCCGUGGGUGGCGAUGGUGGUGCCGGGGGAAGAGAGCGAGGGUAUGCUGCCGUCAUCCCCGCAUGGGGGGCUGGCGUCGCCUCUGCCGUUCAAGGCGGGCAACGAGUGGGCCAUGGAGGUGCGCGCUCACAUGCAGUGUGAUGAGACUGCCAGUGGUAACUACGAGCUCUGGGAUGAGCAGCUCUCUGCUCCUGCUGCUGCUGCUGCUGCUGCUGCUGCUGCUGCUGCUGCUGCUGCUGCUGCUGCUGGCGAGGGCGGGGAGGAGGGCGCACCAGCAGCAGGGGACUCGGCAGGAGCUGAAGCAGCAGCGGCAGGAACAGGUAAGGAGGGGGCAGCAGGGGGUGCGAGUGCGGGGGCGGCAGGCGGCACAGGAGGCGCGGAGGGUGGGGAGCGCGUGGGGCUGCAGAACAUGCUCCUGCUGGACCUCUACCCCGCCCUCUCCCCCCUCGUUCUUGGCGUCCGCAAGGCACCGCCACACCCACGUGAUGCUGAUGCUGAUGGUGGUGGCCGUGGUUCUGAUGGUGAUGCUGAUGUUAGUGGUGUUGGUGAUGAGGCUGAAGCAGGACAGGGGAAGGGGAAGGAGGGGAGCAACGUGCAGGUGCAAGGUGGCGAGCUGGUGCAGGCAGGGGAAUUAGAUGGAGCGGCAGGUGCAGGUGGGAUUCAUGAGGAGGUUAGCAUCGCAAUGCUGGAAAGCAAUUCAGCACAGGAGAGUCAAGGCUGUGGGCAGGUGAUAUCUGGGGAAGCUGCACCUGUGCUAGCUGGUGCAGGAAUGGACCAGGAGGCAAGGGCUAGUUUGAAAGAGGUGGCUAUUUAUCAGCCUGUGCUUGUAUAG